AUGUCAAUCGACGAUCGCGAGAGAUACGAAAAUUAUCCUCAGCUAUACAAGCCCGACCCGACGGGGAAUCCACUCAGAACGUCCGUCAUCUGCGACUUUCUUCAAAGCAGGCAGGCUUGGGCAAAGGUGGAUGAUUUUGGCCAAUCCCAGAAAAACAAGACCAGCAUCGCCAUUCCAGAAGAAGUAAGAGACUCAAUCAUGGCGACUAUUCAUAUUGUCCUCGCCAAAGUGCUCGACAAAGAUCAGAUGGGAAAGAUCCCGACAACAUUCCCGCCUUUGAGGACGGUCCAAGUCAUUUUUGACACAUAUCUCUCCAGGCUGGCUUUAUUCUAUCCCAUCACGCAUCCUGGCACGUUCAAACACAACCAUACAAUGCAUUACAAUGGACCUGGAAUGCAACUGCAGCUUCUGAGUACAUUCGUGUCUGGAGCGCUGAUGAUUCCUGUGACGGAGGUUCAGACCUUCGCAACCGACCUGGCAAGCAUUAUUUUACAGGUCCUUUACGAGAUCUUCCUGAGGGAUGCCAGUCAGACGAAGGAUAUGUAUCUCACCAGCACCGCGAUUUUGAUAACUGCGUUUGGCAUAUGGUCAGGCAACAAGCGGCAGAUGGAACUUGCAGAAGCGCUGAGAAGCUCAUACACAACGAUGAUGUCUCGGCGAGGAUUGCACGAAAGAGCACAGCAAAGGAUACUCGAGAUCAACCCCUCGGAUAUUGACCUUGAAUGGAGAGAUUGGCUUAUGAAAGAGACACGCAGACGAUUGGCGUAUGUGUGGUAUGUCGUGGAGCAAGAGAUCAGCCUUUUCAAUGGCGUACCCACGACUCUGUCUUUCACUGAAAUGCGCUGUCCGAUGCCCUGCAGUGAGGCAGUCUUUGCUACUUCCUGCGGCCAAGCAUGGAAGGAUUUGCUCCAGGCGACCCAAUCCGAGCUAUCCAUGCCGACAUCGUCAACAGUGGCGACAUUAAAGUGCCCGCACUCGCUGGCCGCCUUUCAUCGGCGUUUCCUCUCUGGGAACAUCUUCCAAUUUCAGGAUGCUGUGACCCCGUUUGAGGUCCGGUUGCUUCUGUGCAGUAUUCAGACGCUUGUGUCGCAGUACAGCCAAACGAAGAGGUUUGUUCCCGAAGAGGAAGAAUUUUCCUCUGAAGCAUGUAUGAUAUCGGCUUCCACCGAAUACGGCCAGCUUCGACGUGAAGAGUUACAUUACCUCCUGGUCAAAUGGCACCUCUUGUAUCGACGUGCCAUGCCAUGUGUCACACCCAUACGCUGCGGAACCGACUUAUCAUGCAUUCUAAUGGCACACUUGAUCGCCAUGGAGCUGUAUGUUUCAUUUGAUGAUGUACAACUCUUUGCAGGGAAGGAAGGCUUCGUGGAGGGCAGAAUGCUGAUGCCCUCAUUCAGAAGGUGGGCAAACACUUCGGGUGCAGCACGAGCGCUGCUCCAUGCUGGGCAAAUCAUGCAUACCCUCAGAGCUGUUGCAGAAGGCACCGCGAGACCGUUGUGGUGGCCAUUAGCAGUAGCGCGAGCGGCCUUGCUCCUCUGGGCCUACGGCAUGGCGGCUCAAACCAACGCAGGCAACAUGGAUGACCACGACAGUACCUCCGAACCGUCUCUUUUUGACUCUGAGCUGCGCUCAACCAAGCAGUAUCAUGGUCUGCAUGCUAUUGAUGGGCCACUUGAAGACUCGGCCUUGUUUUCUGGCUCUCUAGUCGGAUACUGGGACAAAGAAAAGGUGCCGUGCUUGACAGAACCGGACGGAGGCUUUGUACCUCUUCUGCAGAUCUCAGAGACCCUCGAACUAAGCAUAUCACUCCUGCGCGAUGGAGAGAGUGUUAGCACGCCUCUUUGCAGAUCUGUUCGGACAUUCUUACAAGACAUCCAAGGGCUAGGAGUUGCCUAUCCUGGGUUGCCUAAGGGUGGCAUGACCAUACAACAACAGCAGACUGAUGUCAGCACAGACUCUUGA